CCCCCCCUCCCGGGGGGCGCCCCGCCGGGCAUGGCGCCGGGCCCGGAGCCCGCGGUGCUGGGCGCGGCGCGGGAGCCUCCGCCGCGGACGCUGCCGCCGAUCGGCGGGCGCCCGGCGCCCCCGGAGCCCGCGGCGGGGGACCCCUGCGCCGAGCAGGUGCGGGCGAUCUUCCUCCGCCACGACCCGGAGGGCCUCGGGAGCAUCGAGCGAAGGAAGAUCGAUGCGAUCUUCGAGCGGCUGCGCACCGCGCCCGUGUUCGCCAGCAUCUUCACCAGGGAGGCGCUGGAGAGGUUCAGCGGCUCGGGCCGCUUCGAAUACGAGCCGUUCCUCCGCUGGCUGUACGACGACCUGGGGGACUCCCAGGAGGGGCAGGACCAGGCCUGCGUGCAGGAGGGCAGCGUCGAGGAGAAGCAAGAGGACGGCGUUGACCACCAGCUCAGCCGCAGGCGCAGCCGCAGCCGCUCAUUGGAGCCAGUUCAGGUGGUGGCCAGCAGCCCCUCGAAGAGCUCAACUGGCCAUCCGCUCGGCGAAUCGCGGGACAGCACCGCCAUGCUGGACGUGACCGGGGGCGGCACCAGCCCCGCCGAGGAUCGCCUGGCGCCCUCCCGCCUGCGCGCGUCGCGCGUCGGAGCCCGCGGGUUCCGCCAACGCCGGUCCGCCGAGUUCGGGCCGGCGCCGCCGCCGACGGAGUCCGUGGACGGCGCGGGCGCGCCGAGGCUCGCCGUCUCGAGCCCCGACCUCGCGACCUGCGGGA